CCCGUCAAAGACGCCGCGGGAAACUGCAGUGGUUUAACCCCUUCCGUCCCGCGGGCCCGGGCAGAUUUUAAGGGCGUCCUCCUCGACUCCCCAUCCUGCGCGCCAGUGGACGCCACUGGCCGGGUCCCGGGUUACCCAGUGGUCCCCAGCUCUGCUGUCCCCUCCGAAGUGUCUGAAGACGGUGAGAGGGCAGAGCUCCGCGGCUGGUGCUGGGCCGGGCCCCCUGAGCCAACACGGUCCUCCUUAAGGAGCUUCCGCAGGGAGAGUAGAGGCGGGUGUUUUGUUCUUAUAAGGAGGGAAAAGUUUGUGACAUCCAGGAAAUGAGUAACUCGUAGCCCUCGCAGCCUGGUUGAUGGAGGCCAGAAGGCGGGAACCCGCGGGGGUCUAACCACCCCACCCUCGUCUCCUUCUCUUUGUCCCGCCGCAGCCGCCUCCCUACAGCGGGGCCGGUUCCAGCACUCGCGCGCGGUGCCAUCUGUGACCCGGAGCCGCCACCGAGGCGAAGGACAGCUCCAGGCAUGGCACUAGGACUUUUCCGAGUGUGUCUGGUGGUGGUGACCGCCAUCAUCAACCACCCAUUGCUGUUCCCCCGGGAGAACGCCACAGUGCCCGAGAACGAGGAAGAGAUCAUCCGUAAGAUGCAAGUGCACCAGGAGAUGCUACAGCUGGAGCAGCUGCGCCUGGAGGAAGAGGUGGCUCGGCUAGUGGCCGAGAAGGAGGCCCUGGAGCAGGUAGCAGAGGAGGGGCAGCAGCAGAACGAGGCCCGCACCUCCUGGGACCUGUGGAGCACCCUCUGCAUGAUCCUCUUCCUGGUGAUCGAGGUCUGGCGGCAGGACCACCAGGAUGGGCCCUCACCCGAGUGCUUGGGUGGGGAUGAGGAUGAGCUGCCUGGCCUGGAGGGUUCCCCCCUGCGGGGCCUCACCCUGCCCAACAAGGCCACGCUCGGUCACUUCUAUGAGCGUUGCAUCCGGGGGGCCACCGCCGAUGCCGCCCGCACACGGGAGUUUGUGGAGGGCUUUGUGGAUGACCUGCUGGAAGCUCUGAGGAGCCUUGGCAACCGGGACAAGGACCUGGAGGUGGAGGACUUCAUCGGGGUGGGCAGCAUGUAUGAGAACUGGCAGGCAGACAAACCACUGCUGUGUGAGCUCCUGGUGCCCCUCACACCCCCUGAGCCCUACCACUUCCACCCAGAGCUCUGGUGCUCCCACCACUCGGUGCCCUUAGAUCGCCAUGGCUAUGGCCAGAUCAAGGUGGCCCAGGCUGAUGAGGACACGCCCAGCUGCAUCUGUGAUAAGACCAAGCUCGGAGAAGACAUGCUGUGUCUCCUCCAUGGCAGGAACCAUCUAGAGCAACCCGGUGGUGGUGGUGACGAGGUGGCAGGCCCAUUGUGUGCCCAAGACUCCCCGUACCUGGACACCAUGCAGGUGAUGAAGUGGUUCCAGACAGCCCUCACCAGAGCCUGGCACUGCAUCGCCCACAAGUAUGAGUUCGACCUGGCCUUUGGCCAGCUGGACACCCCGGGGUCCCUCAGGAUCAAGUUCCGCUCUGGCAAGUUCAUGCCCUUCAACCUGACUCCAGUGAUCCAGUUCAAGGGCUCGGACCUGUACUUUGUCUCCCACCUGCCCAGGCAGCCGUCCUGGGGGACCCCGGCGUCCAGCACUGACUGGCUUCUGUCCUUCGCUGUCUAUGAGCGUCAGUUCCUCAGGAUGACCUCCAAGGCGCUGCCCGAGGGCGCCUGCCACCUCAGCUGCUUGCAGAUCGCAUCCUUCCUGCUCUCCAAGCAGAGCCGCUUGACAGGCCCCAGCGCGCUGGGCUGCUACCACCUGAAGACGGCGCUCCUGCACCUGCUACUGACCCGGCGGGCCGUGGACUGGAAGGCUGGGCAGCUGGACACGCGUCUGCAUGAGCUGCUCUGCUUCCUGGAGAAGAGCCUGCUGGAGAAGAAGCUCCACCACUUCUUCAUUGGCAACCACAAGGUGCCCGAGGCCAUGGGGAUCCCCGAGGCCGUGCGCAGGGCCGAGCCCCUCAACCUCUUCCGGCCCUUUGUCCUGCAGCGAAGCCUCUACCGGAAAACCAUGGACUCCUUCUAUGAGAUGCUCAAGAAUGCGCCGGCCCUCAUUAGCGAGUACUCCCUCCACCUCCCCACGGACCAUGCCAACCUGCCCCCGAAAGCUGGUGUCUUGUGAGCAUCUGCUUACAGAGCCGUUCCAUGUGUCACCAUCCCCUGAGGGUGUCUACACACCUUGUCCUGGGAAAAAUGCAGGCUUAGCCCACCUGGGAGGCAAAUGGAAGCACCCUCCACCAGAAGGAGACAGAAUUCUAAGCCAGAUGCUGGUUUACUUUCACGCCUCCAGAGUAAGCAGCUUCAGUGAAGCUGCUGGCUAGGCUGAGGGGCUGAUCUUUUGCAUGUUGCUUUUAGAGCACCAAGAAUGGCCAAUAGAGAACACUCUAUGGAUGCCAAGAAGAGAUGCCCAGACAUUGAGCUGUCUUUUUACAUCCACCGUCCAGUCUUUACUUGAAUAUCAACUGGGGUAAUGCCGAUACUGGCAGGGACCCCAGAGAAGACCCUGAACCCUUAUUUCCAGUAAACCAUAGCCCCAUGCUUCUCCACAAGGAUGUGGGGUUUUGCAGCCUCCCUGAAGAAUAGGGUUCCCACUGAAGCUGCCACAGUUUCUGCUGUUUGAGGAAGACAGGGCAGAGACUCAAGGCCCCAAACAGUUAAUGUGUCUGUUGCCCAAAACUGGGUACUUGGUGGCAGAGAGAAGUCUAAGUCACCACUUCUUCAGCUAUACGCUUCACUCAGGAACCUUCCUCCCUGCCACUUCCCUCAGUGCUGGAGGUGCCACACAUCAUGCUGGACACAGGCUCAGUGACCCCUGCCCCCUCUGUAUGUCACCAUAGCUUGUCUCUCCUACCAUGGCCAUCACUGUGGUUGGGGGAGGGCAUAUAGCAGAAGUGGAUCUAGAGAGAGAGAGGUACAGGUUGUGUGGGCAAAAGAGCCUACUCUGGCUUCUGACAUGAGAUGAGGGAUAUCAUAGCCCCAUUUUCCUUGGGGUCCCAACUUCAGGACAGAAAGUUUCUAGCUACAAGAGCUGCUAUGAAAAUCCAGCUGCUGUUCACAGGCCCCAAGGUCCCAAAACUCUCUCACUGGGAUAUUCACUCUAGUGAGGCUUCCUCACUGAAGAGAAAGAACAUCCACCUUCCUUGCUGAUACACAGAUGAACAAGACCAAAGAGCCUGGCAGAAGCUGAGGGCACUUGGGACCAGUACUGUGGGCAUAGCCCCAAACCUCCACACUGAUGGGGUUAGGGGUGGGGAGGCAGCCCGGAAGCAGCCAUGGGAGCUGGCCUCUCUCUUCAGGUUCAGGAGUGUAGGGUAGCUGCUCCACACCCUUCUUUGGCUUCUCUGGCCCUUAAGGUUUCCUCUCUUGGCAUUGCCUCAGUGAUCCUUGCAGACAGCCAAGGAGGAAACAGGAAUGGGGAUGCCUGUGUCUGCACUCACAUCCUCCCUCCAGGGUUCAGUCUGGCCAGGCCACUGGAAAGCACACCCAAUUCCAUGAGGUCAGCUAUUCCCCCCAGGAGCUAAAGAAGGGCUCCUACCCUGACUGCACCACGAGGGCCCUCACCUGGCCUCUGGCCUGUGGCCUCGGGAAGCCUGAGGAUAUGGACAGUUUGCCUGUCAGGGUUCAUUCGUGGCAGAGAGAUUCAGCUCCCAGCGACAGGAUACUGGAGCCACAGGAAAUCUUCCUGAGCCAGCUGAGCUGGGAUUCUCUCAAACAGCCUGGGGCCUGCUCUUCCCCAAACCAUAGCAGCCACACUUGUGGUUUCCAAUACAGCCCCAGCCCGCCCACCCCAUACCCCCAGUGAAUUCCCUUAUUUAUUGUCACCUCUGCUUCUCCAUUCCCCCUCUUCAUCUUGAUCUCCUGUGCUCUGAAGAGACACCAGCAGCCCAGAACCAGCCUUCAGAGCCAGCACUGAGCCUGACUCUCCCUCAGCUCCCACUGCACUUCCAGGAGAAAGCUGACUUCUCUGGAAAAAUAGCUUCUUGUUUAUUCAGAGGAGAGGACUCCAUGGGGACAUGGGGAAUCUUUUCAUGUACUAAAGCUGCUUCUGAAACAGAAAGCGGGGCUCUGGGUGUUUCAUGCUACCUUAUUUAUAUGAAAGGAAAAAUUAAAUUCUUGCAAAGAGUAGAAA